AUGGACACCCCCACCGACUUCGAGUCAACCUCCGGCCUCUCCCUCGAAUACCUCCAAACCAUGAACGCCCAAUCCCAAUCUCAAAACCUCUCCACCGAAACCUACCACCCAGACCUCAACGCCAGCCUCCUAAACACCCCCUUCAUCCCCCUCGAGUCCGACUACUCAGUCUACUCCGAAUCCAUUCCCCUCCAAUCAGACUACUCCGUCUACUCCCAAUCCACCUCCCGCGAGGAACUGCACUCACGAAUCCAGAUCCUCUCCGAGGAGCAAGUAAAUCAUUUACUCGAGUACAUCCGCGCCCAAGAACAGCCUGAUUUCAGUACUGUACCAACUGACGGUCUACCGGAAUGGUUCGACGAAGAUGAAUUCCUCUCCUUCUGCGCCUCUCCCUUUGGCACCUCGCUUGCACCCAUGACAACCUCCCUCCCACCCAUGACCACUUCUCUCCCCGUCGAUUCCAUCGCACUCCCCACCGCCCUCCUCGCGCCCGGCACAAACGACACGAUGACCUGCUGCCAGUGCGCGUGCACGAGCGCGCUCUCGCGCAUCGACAGCGGGUGCGGACAGUGCGGGCAUGAGUGCGAGAGCUGCUUGAUCUCGCCAGCUAUGCUUCCAGCCCCAGCUACGCUGGAGAUGGAUCAUGAGUUAGGGUGCUGUGCAUGCGGGACUCAGGGGUUUGCGCUUGUGGGGGAGGGGAGGAAGGAGUGUUGUGCUUGUGGACAUGGGGCUUGUGAGGAUUGUUGGUAUGAAUGCCGAAUGGGUGGGAUUGUAAGGGUUCUUUGA